AUGGAUCAAGGAGGGAGUGUGCUGCUGGCCCUGGUCACCGCCUGUGCCUCCACGGCCACCACCACCGCUGCCACCUCCUUGACCACCCCAACCCCUGCCGCCGCCUCGUCCACCGCCAACCCAACCGCCGCCUCCACUCCUGCCACCUCCCCCGCCGCUGCUGCCACCACCCCCACCGCUACCACUCGCCCCUCCAGUCGAGCCACCACCCCCACUGCCUCCACCGCCCCCACCGCCUCCUCCCGCGCCGUCACCGCCACCACCCUUGCCCCCUUUGCCCUUGCCGCUGCGACGUCCGCUCAAGGCAGACGCAGCGCCGACCUUCUCAGUACCAAGAAGGUCGACAGCAGCAGCAGAGGCGACAGAGGGAAGGGAGGAAGGAGAGCACCCCUCAAAGAACGGGGUACGGGGGUCGCCACGAGAGGCACCUACAGCGACUAUGCUAGUCUCAGCUGCAAGUAG